AUGCCUACAUAUCCACAAUACUCGGAAAUCCGCUUACUAUUCAAAGAGAAGAAGAAUAAAAAAAACUUUGUCAUCAUCAACCAUGCCUCCAAGCACGCUGCCAAAAAUACUACUUCUUUGCAUGGAGGAAAGAGACAUCAAACACUCGAGCAAGCUCUUCACACUACGUGGCCCAUACAUGCGCAAUCUUUUAGAACCAACACUAUCAACGAGAAUCUGAGAAGUCUUCCUAAAGAGCAUCAAUUCGAUUUGAUCGUGUCUAUCGCUAAUUCUAACUGGAUUUUAGGUGGAGGAUUCGACGAUGCCAUAUCCCGCACCUUUUGUCUUCCCAAACAUGAUUACCGGUCCCUAACUGACGCUGCACAGCGCAAAAUGUACGAUCAAUGGCGUGGAUUUUCACCGCCAGGUACAUACACAAUAGUGACACUACCUCCUGAGUUGCAAGCCACGAAUCAACGGGUUUGCAAAUAUCUAGCGCUCUGUCCUACUAUGAGGAGUCCUAGUGCUGCAAACUGGAACCGUGAUGUGGUAUAUGAGAGUAUAUGGAGUUUGCUGUGUGAGGUUGAUCGAUGGAAUAGUAAUAAUACCGAUGACCGACUCACAAGAGAUGGAAAAAUCAAUAGAAUAUUAAUGACUCCCCUCGCAACCGGGACAGGUGGUGUGAGUACGGAAAGGUGGGCGAAACAGCUUGUGCUUGCACUAAAACACUUCUCGGAUGCAUUGGAAAAUCCUCAACGGUGGAGGAAUCUAGAGUGGGCUGGCCUAUACCAUGAGGUCACAGAAGUUGAGAGGACGUGGGUUGGUAGUUGGCUUUUUCCAUAGUCAACUUCAGUGCCAGUGUCAGUUAAAGCCUAAUGUUAGACGGUCUCAGUGUAGCUUCAAAAAUAAACUACGGGAUAUCCGUUUUUCAAGUGAGUGGUGAACCAGGAAUGAAAUUAAUUGAAAGGCCGAAAGGAAAAUUAUUGGGGAAAAUUAUUGGGAAUUUACUGGCACAUUCAUGAAAUCCCGGUAGUAAUAAGUAUACCGGUGUAGGAGAUUU